AAAAAGUGUAAAAUGUUAUUCACAUUCAUGGUUGUUGUGAUUCUGGCGGUAACUGGUGUUAAUAGUGAGUGUAAACAAAGUAAAUUAAAACACGAGUGUUGGAAUGUUAAUUUAGUGGAUUGGUUAGUGAUUAAAAAUCCCCAAAGUGUCAACAAAUUAGAUCUGAAAGACAGCCAAUUAGCGGAGCUGCCCAGAUACUUGCCAGAAUCAAACGAAGAACUAUUUAUCAACUACACCAAUUUGGCUGUUUUAAAUUUUACACGUUGCAAUAUACGAACAAUUGAAAAAAGUGUGUUUGCCAAUGUGAAAAAGUUGACAACAUUGAUGAUUACACAAAAUCUUCUAAACGAAGUACCGGAUUUGCAUCCAAAACUGAUAUUCCUUGAUUUGUCCUACAAUCAAAUCGAGCUAGGAUUGGACAAGUUGCAGUGGUUGGAGGGUUUGCAAGAUUUGUAUAUGCACCACAAUCAGAUCCACGAUAUACAGUACGACUUUAGUGAUUUAACAAAACUACGAGCAUUGGAUUUGAGUUGGAACCAAAUUACGACGCUCCCUGAAAAUUUUUUUCGUGGUCCCAACGGCUCUGAUGCACAUACUAAAGAGUACAAAUUAAUAAAACUGAACUUACAAAACAACAAAUUAACAUCAAUACGCGGUGACGAUCUUGCCAGUUUAGGGAAUUUGAAAUAUCUACACUUGGGCAACAAUGAGAUUGAAACCCUGGUGUUUAAUGCUUUUGGCACCAAUCACGUUUUAGAGAUGGUAAGUUUAGCCAACAACAAACUUACGACCGUACAUCCAGAAUUGUUUAGAAACAAAUCUAAUUUAAAACGUUUGAUUUUAUCAGGAAACAUGAUAAAAACUUUGAACCAAGAUGUAUUUUUAACAUCAACAGGUUUAUCAUAUUUAGACUUAUCAUCUAACGAAAUUUCUUUAAUUGACGACCAAAUUUUUGCAAAUUUGAUGAAUUUGGAAUACUUAUUGAUAGCGCGUAAUAACAUCUCUAAUGUAAACUUGUUGUUCUGGCCUUUAAGCAAAAUUAAAUACAUAGACGCCUCCGGAAAUAUCAUCAGCAGCGAUUUGGAUUGUACCAAUUGCCUAAAAUUAAACACCUUGAAGCUGAACGAUAAUUUGAUAUCACAUAUCGCAAUUAAAUUGAACGAUGGUUUUAUCAGCAUCGAUUUAUCUGGUAACAAGAUAGAAAAUUUGAACAAAAUCACAAUCAGAUUUGGUAAACGUGGGUAUAUCAAUUUGGACUUAACUAAUAAUGAUAUUAAAGAGUUUGAAGUUGACGAGUUUCUUGAAGUUAAUCAGCACAUCCAACAUGUAGCUUUAGACGCGAGCUUAUCAGAAGACUUUUCAUCUAAAUUAGCAAACUACAAAAGUACGUUUUGGACUAUCAAGAAAAACACUACAUCUAUAACGCAAGAAAUUCCGGGAACUUUAGCAACCACUCCAGAGCCAUUGACAACGGAAGACGUAACACCAACUCCUGAUAAACCCAAACCUCCUGAAUUGACAACUGAAGAGUUACCAACAACUCCUGAUAAACCAAUAGUUCCGGAAUCGACAACAGAAGACGUACCAACAACUCCGAUACCUAUGAUCAACCAGCGAUAUACUUUCCUGGAGCUUCUGUAUUGUUGUUUCGGAACUUUUGUGGUCACAACGUUGCUCGUCGGCGGAAGUGUCUGUUUGUACAACUGUAGAGUGCAGAAGAAUAUGAAAAUGUUGCACGAAUAUGAGUUGGAAACCAGGGGAUAUAAAGGCAGCAAUUAUGAAAACAUUCCAAUGUGUCGACCACCUGUGAGGUUUACGGAAUUGGACGGCGACAGUUCUACAUAUUUUGUACCUCAGGCGACAAUGACGACGUCCUUUAGGGCUAAGCCAGAAAUCAGGCCAAUGGCGUAAAAUAUUUUAAAAUAUCAUAAUAAAUUGAUCUCAGUUGUUUUUUUUUUGUAACGCUUAGUAAAUGAAUAAAAUUAAUUUAAUUAAUGUAGUUACAUUCUAUCAUUGAGCAAUAAAAAACUUACCAUUA